UUCUUCAGAAGAUACUGCACCUUCAAUGCAAGAAAAAAUACUAAGUGUGGUCUCACAUGCUGUCGGUGGUGAAGAGGCCGCUGAAGUAAAUGCUAAUGAGCAACUAGAAGCUCCGAAGCUAGUUCUGCAAUCUUUGUUUUCACUUAUAAGAGGUGAAGUUGAACAGUUGGAUUCAAGAGCACUUCCCCUUUGCCUUCAUCAGAUAGCAGAAUCUUAUUUCCAGGAGGAGGACUAUGAGAAAGCAAUGAAAUUCAUUCAACUUGAACGAUUGUAUCACGAGCAAUUGCUUGCAAACCUUUCUGCCAUUCAAGAACAGUGGGAAACAAAAUGGAAAACUGUACAACCAUAUGCAGUUACUUCUCUAAGGAAUUCAGAAAAAGGAUUUAAUGGUGAAGAUUUUGAACGGCUUACUAAAAUUUGCACAACACAUCAAGAUCCUCUUUUAUCCAAACAUAAGAUAGUAGCUGAAGAAAAGUCCCUGGAAAGGAAAUGCUUUAUCCAGUUAAUUGUGUCUGAAGAUCCAAAGGAGAGAGGAACUACCACCAAAGAGUCAGAGAGUAAAACUUGUCUUGGCACAGAACCAAGUGAAGAAAGCCAGCAUAAAGAAGAGCCCCUGGAAAGCAGUCCCUGCUGUAAACAGAUGAACAGGCAGGCGGAUCCCCCAAGCCUUCUGGUAACUACCGGAAAGACCCACAUGGAGGCGCUGCUCUGCAGCCCCGAAGCUGCGCUGGAGCUCCACACCCAGUCCUUGGAGACGGCUGAGAGCAGGUCUGGGCCAGACUUUUCUGAGGAUGCUUGUGAGGAUGGCAGCCGCUUGCAGCCAGCUUCAACAGAGACCUGCCUGGAUGUGACCAAAAUAGAGGACAUUGCUGAAGACCCUAAGGUGUCACCUUCCAGCGAGUCAAUGAUAGAGCCAUUGGUUUUACCAGGCUGUGACCAUGUAGCACCUGUGUUGAUUUUUGAGGGCAAAUAUUCACAGGCUCAAAGAAAAGAACUCCAUUUGCCACUUCAGGAUGCUUCUAAGGCGUUGCCUGCAGACCAACUUGAAAACAAUGAAUUAACUGAACUGCAGCAACCUGAUCUUGCAGACAGUGAUGGAAAAUCACCACAGGGUCAGGCUGACUCAGAGAACUCUGAGAAUGUACUUUGUGAAAAUAAUAAAACAUCUGACUUAAGUACACAGCUUCCAGAGUUGUAUAUGGCCCCAGAGGAAAAGGGAGAUAAGGAUGACCAACUCAGUAAAGAAACAGAAGACUAUUUGAACAGCCUUUUAGAAGGAUGCUUUAAAGAUACUGAAGAUUCCCUUUCAUAUGAAGAUAUCCAAGAAGAAGACUCUGACCUACUUCAAGAUCUUUCUCCUGAAGAAGCAUCCUAUAGUUUACAGGAGAAUCUGCCUUCUGAUGAUAGCUGUCUUUCUCUUGAUGAUCUUGCCAAAAGGAUAGAGAUUUCAGAGGUUGUUCCUGCUGAAGGAUUAGUCUCUAUAUUAAAGAAGAGGAAUGAUGCUGUAGGAGAUCAUCCUGCCCAAAUGCAACAAAAACCAUCUAAGCGAAGAGUGAGAUUCCAAGAAAUAGAUGAUAACUUGGAUCAAGAUGAAGUUGGAGGUGGCUCCUGUGUUUUACUGAUCUUGCUGUGCAUAGCAACGGUAUUCCUUAGUGUUGGAGGAACUGCAUUAUACUGCACUUUUGGUGACAUGGAGUCGCCGGUUUGUACAGACUUUGCAGACAACAUGGACUUCUAUUACACUAAGUUACUGCAGGGAAUGACAGAACUUAAACACUGGAUCUACCUCUCCUAGCAGCAUUCAAGAGAGACAGGCAUGCUGGAAGUGAAAAUGAAAGAUGUGAGACGUUGUAAACAGUUUUCAUUUCAGGAGUUUUGUUAACAUUCCCCCUUCCCUCUGUUAGGAACCAAGUACAUCAGACACAACAGCUUUAAAUGGCAAUCCAGAAGAACUCUGUUAGAAUAAUCCACAUAAGGAGGCAAAUAAUGAUCUAAGCAUUUGGUUUGGAAGGAAUGAUCUUUGGAAAGUAUCCAUUUCCCUGCUGCCUCCUAGUGUAAUGAGGUAUACUGAGCAGAAUUAAAAUGGUAGUCUUGAAACCAUACUAUAUUUAGUUACCUUGUCACACUAAUGGUUAAAGGACACUUGGUCUACACUUGGUGGUUCAUAGAGAUUGCUUUUAGCCAUCACGCAAUAAUUAUUAGAAUCAGGAGUUACCUUAUGGUUUCAAUGUCUUUUGUUAGUUAAUCUUGGAAGCUAUGUAAUUUAGACUUUGUGCAUUAUUUCCAGAUUCUGUUCUCCAUUUGUGAAACGGUUGUAUGUGUGUGCGUGUGUGUGUGUGCUUCAGGCAGUUAUCAUAAGCGUAUGCCUGACAUAGAAUAACAAAGAUUAUCUUUAUUCUUUUAACUUGACUAUGAUGUGCAGGCACAAAUCUUUUAAAGAUUUAACUAUGGAAUAGAUGAAUUGUAGAAAUCUUGACCCUGAAAUGAGAAACUGAGACAGAUCUGUGGCGAUUAACCUGAUUAACUAGGCAGAAAACUGAGUCUCAGGCAACAGUUUUGUCAUGGAUUCAGUGCUUCCUGAAAUGAUAGAUGUUGGACUCAGUUCAGCAAAUGCUUAUUGAAUAUCUAUUAUGUUCUGAGAAUCUAAGAACCGGAAUAUAAACAUAAAUAAGAUAUAGUUCCUGCUAUAGGUGUUUUAAUUCUGGUUGUGUAAAAUAAACCAAUACGUUGGUGAGUGAAAUCAUUAUAUAUAAUUCAGUAUUAACAGGUUAUGCAUUCAGGUGUUUGAAUGUGCAUUCAUAUUAUGGGCUUGAUUUAGACCCUGUUGUGGGGGUCAUUAAGUGAAAAUUCCAUCAUACCUUCAAUAGGCAAAUGUCUGAUUUUUGUUUAAAUCUGUCCGUUAGGUGACCUUUCCUUAUCUAAGGUACAGUGAUCUAACAUUUAGGAAGCCUUGCUUUGACUUUUUAAUCAGGCAGCAUUUAAAAAACAAACAUGAAUUAUAGUUUUUUAUUAUCAAGUAGUCAUCAUUUCCUAUUUUUCUGUUCGGAUCAUUUGAAAGAAAAAGGGAAAAAUUACUUUCUAGUUGUUACUGGCUGGUACAGUACCCUCCGUGUUUCUGCUUAUUUAUUUAGAUUAUAUGAAUUUCAAAGGGCUUUAUAUCAGUUGAAAGUGCGUUGCUGAGCAUGCAUUCGGUUAUCCCAAUGCCAGGUAUUUAAUUACUAUGUACUUAGUGUUUUGAUUUCCUAUAAUUUCAGUUCAGUGUGUUUAGACUUGUUUAUUUUUAAGUUGAUGUUUAUUUUCACUUAUACUGUUUGAUUUAUAUCUCUCGUCACCAUAAACUGUAAUGUUUUCAAGGGUUAUAGAUCAGAUAUUUAUUUAGAAGUACAAGAUACUGAAAUUUAGAUUCCUUAUACCUAAGGCUGAUUUUAUUAGAAGAUUAUUUUAAUGUUCUAUUAUAAAUUUUAAGAAUUUGUAUUCAAAUUGUAUGUAAAAUAUGUAAAUGUUGACGGUACUAUCUUAAGAGGUUCUAUAAAAGCUCACAAGGCCUACUGUGAGGGAGCAUCGUCAUCAUAGGCAAACCUCUUACGUUUUAUCCUCAAUUUCUAGUUACAGAAAUUUGGUGAUGCUUAUUUCUGCCAAUUUUAUGUCAAAAAUAAGUAUAAAUUUCACUCCUGUUUGCCCCUUUUAGGUCACUGUCCUGUAUAAUCACUGAUGUAAUAUUUGUCCAUAGUCAAUCAGAGCCACUUCUGAAGCCCAAGAUUUCCUGGGAACCUUCACACUGAAAUUAAAGAAUUGAGAUAAAACCUUGCUAAUCAUGGGUUCAGUUGUGUCUCAGAGAAAUCAUGGAUGUCCUCACCACUUCCCAGGAAGGUGAGAUGAGUUCAGACGCAUAUUGGUGUUUUGACUUAAAUAGGCAUGAAAUCUCAACUAGAAAAAUUAGGGCAACUUUUAAAAUGUAAUAGUAACUUAUUGCAUGAAUUGGAGUAAUUCCACCUGGUGGUGAAAGGAUUGUUAUUUCACACAUAGAAAAUUCAUCCAGUUUUACUAAAAUGUAAUUUAUUCUGUCAUUUGGAAGUACUGACAACUAUUUGUAACUAAUCAUCAUUAAGAACUAUACUUGAGGGUAUCAAAUUGAGCUUGUAAUUUAAAAUCUACACCAACAAA